CAUUUUGAAGCCCUGAUGGCAUUACCAACUUGUAGGUUUUCAACUUUUCUCCUUUCCGAAACUUUUGAAGAAUCAUUUUUUAAAGUUGCUCUGCUACCCAACACACUCUUUGUUAGUAUUGAUGUUGACUUGAGCUCAAUUUCUGGAAUGAAUCUGCAACAAGUUCCACAACCCAGAUCUUCAUCUAAUGGAUAUGGCCGUCGGAGGACUGAAAGAGAAAGUGGGAGUAGGCUGGAACAUAAGUUGCAAUCUGGGAGAACGAACCUGCGCAGACCAACAAAUGCUGGUGUACAGGCUGGUAAUAAAGGAUCAGGAUAUGGAAGUCUUUCACGUGAGCGGCUAGUAUAUUUGACAACAUGUCUUAUUGGUCAUAACGUGGAAGUCCAAGUGAAAGAUGGAUCCUUAAUCUCUGGAAUAUUUCAUGCAACAAAUGCUGAAAAGGACUUUGGAAUUAUUUUGAAGAUGGCCAGUGAAAUAAGAUCCGGUCCUUCCCGAGGGAAAAAGUCUAUUUCCAAUUUUGUCAGCAAGGCUCCUUCGAAGACUUUGAUUAUACCAGCUGAAGAACUUGUACAAAUUACUGCUAAGGAUGUCUCUGUAACCAGGAACGGUGUGACAAAUGAUCUCCAACUUGUAAAACAGCAGGACAUCCUGAUAGACUCCUCUAUAUCGCAGUCUCGUCAUGUAGACGGGGAGAGGGCGUUAGAGCGUUGGGUCCCUAAUGAAGAUGAUCCAGAGUGUCCUGAAUUGGAGAGUAUAUUUGAUGGUCAUUGGAACAGAGGAUGGGAUCAGUUUGAAGUAAAUGAAACAUUAUUUGGAGUAAAAAGCACCUUCGAUGAGGAACUUUAUACAACAAAACUUGAUAGAGGUCCACAGAUGAGAGACUUGGAAAGGGAAGCUUCUAGAUUAGCUAGAGAAAUUGAGGGUGAGGAUACUCUAGAUCUACAUUUAGCCGAGGAACGGGGCAUUCAGCUUCAUGGUAGCUUAGAUAUUGAUGAGGAAACCAGGUUCUCAUCAGUACUUAGAGGGGUUGACGACAGCGGAUAUGAUGAAAACGAAGAUGUUUGGUUGAAAUCAUGCGAUGAAACCUUUGGCAGUGCCCCUGGUUCUGUUGUUUGCAGGUCUUUUGCUGACUUGGCCAGUGGGAAAAAUAAUGAAGGAGCUCAAGUGUCAUAUGGCUCUGCAUCUAUGGACGAAGUACAAUCUUCUCUGUCAAGCACUGCAAGGGACUUACAGCCUCCUAGUUCUAGUGAUUAUUCUGGACAGCCGUCAUCUGAAUUUCUUCCUCAAUCCUGCGUGUUGGAUAGUGAAAGCAGGAUCCAGGAACAUCGAUUCAGUGGACAGCAUGCUGGAAGUACUUACGUUAAGGACUUUGUAGAUAAGCAAAUGUUAUCUGAGGAGUCACAGAUGUUAAAAUACGGGGAUUCACAGUCAUCUCUGAGGGCAAAGAAAGAUGACCACAAUGUAGGGAAAUUAUCACCCGAUGCUACCUCAUAUGCUCCUACAUCUAUCGGAACAUCCAGCGAGGAAAAUAAGAGUUCUCAUAAAGAGGUGCCAGAGGAUUCGGCACCUGUGAAAACGCAAGGGGCAAAACAGUCUACCACAUCUAGGGGACGACCUGGUAGUUCCACAUCCUCCACUUCUGAUUGUGGAGGCGUUGCCUCUGCUUCUAGUGGUCCUGUCUUAUCACCAAGCUCAUCAGUGGUUUCUUUGUCUUCGGAAAAAUCAACCUUGAAUCCCUAUGCUAAGGAAUUCAAACUCAAUCCGAAUGCAAAGAGUUUUGUACCAUCUCAAAGUCCUUUAAGGCCUGCUUCUCCGGUGUCUGAUGGCUCUUUCUAUUUUCCAUCCGUUCCUCAUAUGCACAACAUGCCUGUAGGAAUGGGGAUUGGACCCUCGUUUGCACACCAGCCUGUCAUGUUCAAUCCGCCAGUUGCACCGAUGCAAUCACCCCAGGCUUAUUUUCAUCCACAUGGACCGCAGUUUGGGCAGCAGAUGAUUCUUGGUCACCCGCGACAAGUCCUUUACAUGCCGACAUAUCCCCCUGUAAGAACAUUGGAUUCCCUCUGAUCUUUUCAUAGGCUUAGUUUCGGUGGGUUGAUUUCAUUUCUGGUCAGUGUGUGCGGAAAUUUCUCUCAUUCGGUUCAAAAUCUGAAGAUUCAGUCUUUUUGUAUUUGAGCGUUACUUUCGACAGUUCUCUUCAUUGAUUGGAAAAUAAGAUAUGUGGGCCAAAUAACUGACUGGCAACAAGAUGUAUAUGCAUGCAUCCUUAAACCACCUGGGUUUUUAAGGACCCAACGCAUCAAACAUAUGGCUUGGGUUUUUAUUGUGCAGACUUUCGUUUUAUUAAACUUCGAUAUAAUCACAAACUAAAAGAGUAAACACUGCUUUGACUAACAAUGAAAUGGCAAUAUUGAUUGCUCAAUAUGCUCCUAUGCAGUUUACUUGUGUUCAUAUUUUUUAAUGCAAUUUGCAUACUUUUUGUUUACAGGGAAGAGAUUUCUAGUAAGAUGGUUUGGACUGCAUUUGUCUGACUCUGAAGUGCUUUUAGUGAAUAAACUUCCGGUCCUAGAUUCUCGGAACAAUUUUCCGAGUUGAAAUCCCUGGCAAAUGAUGGGACCUGAUACUUUACAGGCACGACAUUUUUGCUCGGAUCCGGGAUAUAUCUUCACAACAUUGUUACCUUUGCCCUGGAGUUUGAUGCCCAUAACAGAAUGUUUUUUCGAAUUCUUACAGUUGGAGUACCUUCCUAUUUGUUUUAUUUUUAUUUCGAUAAGUUUAGUUCAGAUCAACUUAAGGAGCAUACACAAGUUUUUAUGGUUUGACACUGUGGUGUAUAUGUUCAAAAAUGAAAAAGAAAAAAAGAGACACUUCGGUGUAUACAGAUUUAGCUCUUUCUUU